UGCAACAUCAAAUCAACGUUUAUCUGCAGUGAUAAUGCGAGUUAAUCACGUUGACGUUUUUACAAAAAGAAAAUUUGAAAGCAAAAAAAAAAAUUGAAAGUAAAGAAAAAGUAUCUGAAAGCAAAUAUUGAAUAUUUUAAUUAAGAAAAUGGAUGCAGUUUAUCUGAAGGGAAUUGGCUCGUGCGCGCAGAGGCUUCUGGGAGUCUAACGCGAUCAACUUGAGAAAAUGCAACCUAAUCUAAGGCGGUGAGAUCAAACAGAGGAGCGUCGGCGCGCGCGCGCGCGGACAUCCGCUUCUUUCACGCGAUCCUAUUAAAACUGCGGGGGAACAAAAGCGGCCGUUGAUGCAAUCACGAGACCCAGACUGGAGGAUCGAUGCCGCAGGAAGGGCGCCACCUCUGAUGAGGACUGAGAGCCACGCGGGGCGGACCAGAAGCUCCCGGGACCGGGUGGAGGUUUAGCGGGACUCCGUUGGGUCAACAAGAUGCCAGCAGACGGAUCCACCAUCAAAAGUCGAAUCAGGAAUUUGCUGCGAUCGCAGUCAAUCAAGAACAAAAAGAAGAGCAAAGAAAACCUCAGCAGAAAGGUAACUUUGGAGAAGGUGCUGGGCGUCACCGCCUCAGGAAACAGCGGUCUGGCCUGUGACCCGAAAUCUGGACUCAUCGCCUAUCCUGCAGGGUGUGUGGUGGUCCUGCUGGACCCCAGGAACAACAGACAGAACCACAUCAUCAACACCUCCAGAAAAGCCAUCACCGCUUUGGCCUUUUCUCCUGAUGGGAGGUUCCUGGUCACAGGGGAGAGCGGUCACAUGCCCGCCGUGAGGCUGUGGGACGUGGCGGAGCGGCGGCACGUGGCAGAGCUCCAGGAGCACAAAUACGGCGUCUCCUGCGUGGCGUUUUCUCCCAACAGCAAGUACAUCGUCAGCGUGGGAAACCAGCACGACAUGAUGGUCAACGUCUGGGCCUGGAAGAUGGAUGUGGUGGUGGCGGCUAACAAGGUGUCCAGUAAGGUGACGGCCGUCUCCUUCUCUGAGGACAGGUCCUACUUUGUGACUGUUGGGAACAGGCACGUCAAGUUCUGGUAUCUGGACCACUGCAGGGCCAGCAAGGUCAGCGCCCCCGUGCCGCUGCUGGGACGCGUCGGGCUGCUGGGAGAGUUGAGGAACAACUUCUUCUGCGACGUGGCCUGCGGCCGAGGCUCCAAAUGCGACUCCACCUUCUGCAUAACCAGCUCCGGCCUGCUGUGUGAGCUCAACCGGAGCAGGACGCUGGACAAGUGGGUGGACCUCCAGACCAGCAUGGCGCGGUCCAUAUCGCUGUCUGAAGACGUGCUGUUCUGCGGCUGCGCAGACGGCGCGGUGCGGGUCUUCAGCCCAGACCUGCGGUUUGUGGGGACGCUGCCGCGGCCGCACACCCUCGGCGUGGCCGUUUCCAGCCACAUUCGUCCCGCCAAAGCAGACUCCCAUUACCCAGAUGUCAUCAGCCUCACCUACGACUCCGCCCACCGCUGGCUCAGCUGUCUGUACAACGACCACAGCCUGUAUGUGUGGGACGUGAGAGACGUGCACAGGGCGGGGAAGCUAAGCUCCGCCCUCUUCCAUGCUGCGUGCGUGUGGGACCUGCAGAUGUUUCCAGACGUCGCUGGAGAAACUCUCGCCGGUUCGUCUUCUGGCGCUUUCUUCACCUGCUCAGCUGACGGCACCGUGAGGCUGUGGGGCACAGAGGAGCGGACCCAAACCCACCAGAACCGUCAGAACACCCUCAGCAGAGAUCUUUUGAACAUAAUUUACAUGGAUGGAAGCACCAGCGCCUUACUGGACGCCGAAUGUCCUGCAAACCCGGACAAAAGUGGGAGUUCUGAUCCCCGAACCGGCAUCAGAGCCAUCGGCGUCAGCCCGGAUGGCAGACACCUGGCGACUGGAGAUCGCAGCGGGAUGCUCAGGAUCCAUGACCUCAGCAGCAUGGAGGAGAUCGUGACGGUGGAGGCCCACGAUGCCGAGAUCCUCUGUCUGGAGUACAGCAAACCAGAAACAGGUCUGAAUCUGCUGGCUUCGGCGAGCCGGGACCGCCUGAUCCACGUCCUCGACGCCGGCAGCGGCUACAGUUUGGUGCAGACGCUCGAUCAGCACUCCUCGUCCAUAACAGCUGUCCGCUUCGCGGCCAGUGAGAACAAAGUCAGCAUGAUCAGCUGCGGCGCCGACAAGAGCAUCUACUUCCACACGGCUCACCAGACCGACAGAGGAACGGAGUUCAGGCGCUCUCACCACACGGUCAGGAAAACCACGCUCUACGACAUGUCUGUCCACGCCACUUGCAAGUACGCCGCCGUUGGCUGUCAGGACCGCUGCAUCAGGAUCUUCAACAUCAGCAGCGGCAGACAGAAGAAAGCCUACAAAGGAUCCGUGAGUGAAGACGGGAUUCUGCUGAAGGUGCAGAUCGAUCCGUCAGGUCAGUAUGUGGCCACCAGCUGCUCCGACAAAAACAUCAGCAUCUUCGAUUUCUACAGCGGCGAGCGUGUGGCCUCGGUGUUCGGACACUCGGAAAUUGUCACAGGACUGAAGUUCACAGCCGACUGCAAGUAUUUGAUCACCGUAUCGGGAGACAGCUGCAUCUUCAUGUGGCGACUUGCUCCAGAGCUGACCUUCACCAUGAAAGAGAGGCUGCGUCAGCUCCAGCAAAGCCCCAACUCGCCGCCGUUCAGGCCGUCCGCCCUCAGGCGGGAGGUGCACAGUGCGCCGUUUCUGGGCAGCUUGUCCUCCCACCGCCGCCAGCUCACGCAGGAAGACGGGGAGGGCGUGGAAGACAGCAGCGACCACGACGGCUCAAGCAGCAGUUCUUCUGACAGCCGCGAAGACGCAGACGCAGACGAAGACGCAGGGUCCUGGGACGACGGGCAGAACUCUGAGGAGGUGAGACUGGGAGGUUCUCAUCCUGCAGCUCCCCCCCAGGGCGGGGCCGUCGUUCAGGUGAUUCCUGACACACCCAAGCGUCCGCGGAGACGAUGGUCUCGUCGCAUCGGCUCCCUGGAACUGAUGGUGAAGUCCAUGCUGGACCUGAGACAGCUGGAGAAGAGAAGCCCAAACUGGCUGGACAAAGACAAACCCGUCCCCUCCAGCCUGCAGGACGCCACGGAGCAGGCGGAGGAGAGGUCCUGGAGGCGCUGGCCCUGGCUGUCCUGCCCCAGAGACGCCGCGGCGCUCCUUCCCGAGGAAAAGCAGCUUUCAGACGGCCAGCACACGGCGAGGGAAAGCCGCCGCGGCUCCGCGGACCGGGAGCUCCUCAGCCAGAGCCAGGACGGCUGCAGCCCUGACAGCGCCUGUUCGCUCGGAUACGACAGCGGGGACUCCAUCCCGGACCGGGGGCGGAGCCUCCACGAACAACCAGACCCGUGUAGCUACGGAGAGUCCCGUCACCUCAGCAGCUCUGAGGAAGAAGAGGAUGGAGCGGUGACGAGUUUGGACGAAGCUCUGAGGAGCGUCAACGCCGACCGCAGUCAGCAGGACUUCCUGAGGGAGAACUACGAGACGCUGGGAGAAAGCUGCAGCACUGGGCAGAACUGCCUCCAAAGGGUCAGCAUCUCUUCUCGCUUCCUGUCCAGAGGGCGCCAUGACAGGGAGCGGGACGGCCUGGCUAAAGUCAGAACCGGCAGGAAGUCCUCUGGAUCCCACCUCUGGAGAAGGUCCAGUCCUGCGUGUGAAGAGCUGCUGACCUCUGACCCCACUUUCCAGAAGUCCCAUUCUGCUCAGGACUUGGCGUCAAACCCUCUGGGCUCCCCUGCGCCCCCUGGUGGCCACAGGGAGUCCCGCAUGAGACCUCAGCAGCUGUCGCUGUCUGAAGACAACCUGAAGCCCUCCUUCCCUGUUUCCUCCCCCUCUUCUGGGUCUUCUGGCUCGCCACGGUCCCCGCGGCCCUGGGAGAGCCCCAAAUCCAGGAUCCAGCACUCCUACAUGAACCCCACCGUCAGCUCUCUGGCCAAAAGCAGCAGGUCGCUGUCUCUGGACGAUGACCUUCGGUCUGACUCGCCGCCGCGCUCCCCGUGCACCUGUGAGAGCACAAGGAGGUUCUCCGGUGGCGAUGUGGAGACGGCGCCGCCACUGUUCUCCUCUUCUCCUCGGACCGCCCUCCCUCCCUCAGUUUCAUCGAUGCCGUCUCUCCUGCUGAGUCCUCCGUCAAGCAGCCCCCCUCAGAGUCGACCCGCAGCCUCACCUGUCCGUCCCAACGCUCCGCCUUCUCGCAUCCCGCUUCUGAGGCAGCCGCUCAGCCCCGGACGCCUCCACAAGAUGAGGCCGAGCUCCAGCUGGUGCGGCGGAGCUUCCAGCCCUGCGGCAGAUGCGGGCUACUGGGUUCCGCCCUCACCUGAAAAACUCAAAGUGUGUUUCAGACACGGUUUGGAUCCCGGUUCUCCAAGUUCUCUGCCUGUAAGGCAGAAACGGAGGUCCCUGUCCGCGAGCUGGAGGGAGGGAGACGAAAAACAGCGCCCUCUGGUGGCUGAUGACAACCACAGCAGAAGCCCCGAAACAGGUUUUACGGUCUCCGUGGAAACCUGCAGGCGAGCUGCCGCAGAUCUCCAAAGCAGUCUGCAGAAAACCGUGGCGCUUCUCACAACGUUACCGCGGAGAAACCAGCAUCCCAGUGAAGAGCAGCAGGAGAUGAGAGCCGUCCUGACCGAAGCUCUGCUCGCCGUGAAAGCCCAGCUGGAAAUAACCCCCCCCAUAUGAGGGAGCCGAGGGGGGCAAAGGUGAAGGAGAGCGGGCGUCCAACCGCUCCGCCUUCUCAGGAACUUCAUUAAACACAAAAGAUGUGACUUUUAGUUUUAUGCACUUUAACCUUUGACAGAGUCGCCUUUUUUAAAUCUUUCUCCUCCAUUAACGGACAAACACACAGUUGUGACCUUAAUAAAGUUUAAUUUCAGUAAAAAGUUGGAAAUAUUUUACAGCAGGAAAUGAUGUCAGAACAGAUCUGUGCUCUGAUGAUGUCAGCCUUCAAAAUAAUGUCACUUCCUGUAAAAUGGGAUGAAAAACAGUGAAAUUAAUAUUCAUUAAUGUCAUUUAUUUGUUGUUGUUUUUUUAGAAUACCUCCUUUUUUUAAACAUUUUGUAGAUUUUUAAACUUUUCUAAAAGUUUUUUUCUGUGUUUUGAAACUGCUUCCCCGUUCUGCUGCAUAAUAAACUAAAUGAAACGAACA